GAGCUGAAUCCUCUGAACAAAUGCUCAGGUUGAUGAUAAUCACUCUAACGUUUUGCGGCUUCAUAGCAUGGAUGUUCAUAUCAAGCAUGACAAUAACGUACAUGUUAAGCAAGAUAACGAUGCUCACCGAGGCAUACAUACAGAGCAUGUCCAUGCCUAUCCAUCAUCGAACAUGGAUCAUAUGGACCCUUCGUUGUUCGUGUUCUUUCGUAUGGAGGAUCUUAAAGCAGGGAAAAAAAUGAUGAUCUAUUUUCCACACUGGGACCUUUCUAAAUCUCCUAAGUUUUUGCCCAGAGAAAAAGCUGAUGCCAUUCCUUUCUCAUCAAGAGAUCUCACAAACAUUCUUCAACUCUUCUCCUUCUCUCGAGGUUCUCCCCAAGCCGAAGUCAUGGAAGAUUCGCUUCGACAAUGCGAGUUUAAGCCUAUUGAAGGAGAGACCAAAAUUUGUGCCACUUCCUUAGAAUCAAUGCUUGAUUUCGUGAGUAGUAUUUUGGGAUUGAAGAGCCAAAUCAAAGUUCUAACCACUACUCACCUCACUUCUAAGUCCAAUACUCUUGUACAGAACUAUACUGUCUUGGCAGCACCCAAAGAAAUAUCGGCUACCAAUUUGGUGGCUUGUCACAGACUGAGUUACCCUUAUGCAGUUUUCCACUGUCAUAGUACAGAAAGUAAGAUUAGGGUAUUCAAGGUUUUACUGGCAGGUGACGAUGGAGCUAAGGUGUAUGCCGUUGCUGUUUGCCACACGGACACCACUCAAUGGAGCCAGAAUCAUGUGUCCUUUCGUAUGCUCGGCACUGAGCCGGGGCUUCCUGUUUGCCACUUCUUCCAAGCAGAUCAUUUUGUAUGGAUUUCAUCGCCUACUUCUUAAUCUCUUGUUUGACUGCUAUGCAGUCUAGUUGUACACUCUACUGGUGUCUGUGUAUUAACAUCCACUGUGUGUGUCUUUCCUUCCCUAUAUUAUUACUGCCACCCCCUUUUCUAUUUCCUUCAAGUUAGUUGAAAUCAACUACCUCUUGCUCAGUUGUAUGAGUUCUGAGCCUACGACAUUUGAGAA